AAUGGCUACGCUUGUAGAGGAUAGUGCGUCCCUCGUUGAUAAACACAGACUGGAAGGUAUUUUAAAAGCGUUACACGAUCAAAGGACUGCAUCUAGAUUUUGCGAUGUAUUGCUACGUGUUUGCGGGGAGGAAAUAUUUGCCCAUUCUAACGUUUUGGCUGCAGCAAGUCCAUAUUUUGGAUCUUUUCUGGGACAGGGACAAGACCUGCCGCGUGCAUUUUCUCAAAAAACACCUCAGGUAAUUGAAAUCCACAUAGAUGGCAGUGAUGGAGACAGUGGAUAUGGAGAAGCUGUUCGAAAAGUGGUUGACUUUAUGUACACAAGCAACAUCUGUCUUAACUUACGAAUCCUCACGCAGGUCCUCGAGAUAUCGAAGAUUAUGCAGAUGGAACCACUGACAAACUUCUGUGAGCAUUUCCAAAGUGGAUUUAGGGGGCACAAGGUAAUUCCUGCUAAUGAUGCAAGUUUCAAAUAUUCCAAAGUUGAUGUUGGGACCUGUACUAUUGCAAACAAUGUUAAUGAUAUCAAAACUGAAAUAAAAGAUGCAACGAUAUUGCAACCAGAAAAUGCAGAAAAGUCAAGUGAAAUCAAAGUUGAACGUGGCAUGAAACAGGCAAAGAAACGAGGAAGAGGAAGACCAAGAAAAAGUAAAAAAGAAGAGGAAUCAGAUGAUGACUUUUCUGCCUUCAUUAGUCUCAUGGCUGAGGAAGAGAAUGCAGAAAAAGAGAGAGUUGGUCAAACUGAUACCGAUCACAACAAUGAAGAAAACAAUGAAGGUGUAGAAGAAGAUAUGGAUGAUGAUGAAGGCAAGAAUGAAAAUGAAAACAGUCUGAGUACAAUGAGAACCCGUGGAAAAAGGCCAAUUACAUCAUACCUUACAUCUACUAGGUCUAGUGCUCGUCUGAGAAAUAGUCGAGGUCCUCGAUUCAGAUCUGAUUUUAUCAUGCAUCCACUGAAGAGGGCACGCAGAAGUGUGAAUAAGGUUAUCAAGACUGAAAAAGAAUCAAAGAACUGUGAAAACAAAGGUGCUGAGGAAAAUGAAGAUAGUGAGGACAAGAAGGAAGAUGAUGCUAAUUUCAUGCCAAAAGGGAGAAAUUAUACAUGUGACAAAUGUGAUUUUAAAGCCAAACGUGUAAAAGUCCUGGCUGAACACAAGAAGAAACAUCUUCAUGCUGAGAACAUCUGUAGUUUUUGUGACUACAAGGCAGAAUCAGAAACUGAUUUUAAAGCACAUUUAGUUAAACAUGACGGUCCAACACCAUACUUUUGCAAGUUUUGUGAUAUCAAAUUUAAAAGCAGAACCCAGUUGAAUACUCACCUACCAAAACACAGAGAGGACAAACCAUUUGUGUGUAAUUUGUGUGCUGCAGGGUUCAAGUGGAAACAUGCCUUAAAAAACCACAUGAUCACCCACAGUGUGACAAAGGAUCACUUAUGUGAUAUUUGUGGAUUUGCUACAGCACAUAAGAGUCAACUAAAAGCUCACAGAUUGAUCCAUACAGGAGAGACGUUUAAGUGUGACUUUGAAGGAUGUGGCUUUGAAGCAACAAAGCGACAGAAUUUGAAAUACCACAUGCUUACUCACACUCAUGAAAAACCCCACCAAUGUGAAAUAUGUGGUCACAGCUUUUCUCUGAUAAAGAACAUGAAGAGGCAUAUGCUAUUACAUUCAGAUGACCGACCACACAGCUGUGAACAGUGCAAUUUCUCAACAACACGCUAUGAUAAACUCAAGGAACAUAUGUUGAAGCAGCACAGUGUUGGAGAUCCCCCUACCAAGAAACACAGGAUAUCUGACUACCAUGAAGAUGAGAAUGCUGUUGUAGCAGGUGCUGAUAUAAUGACUCAGGCAACACUUCAGACAGUGGCUAACAUAGCUGCAGUGUGUGCAGAUGAGAACCAAGGAGAGACACAAAUAUUCUCCACUGUUGACGGAGUGCCCAUUGUAGCAAGGGUCCAGUAUGCAGAAAUCAACAGUCAAGGGGUUAUACAAUAUGUAGCACAAGUGGAGUAGCCUUUGCUAUACAACAGUGAUUAGAUUGAUGUACAAAGCAUGCAGAAAGUGCUUCAGUGAAACUACAGACGUUGUUAUUGAUACUUAUGAAAUUCAUGACAUUCUGAUUCUUGUCAUUCUAGAAUGUCAAAAGUCCACUUACCAUGCUUGGUUGCCUUUUGAGUCUUUGAGUGACAAUUAUGAUAAUUCUAGGUUUUUAGUAAAUAUAUUGGUAGUAAAUCAUUGUUAUUAGCAAUGUAGCCUCCAUCAUGUCCAUACAGCAUUGCUAAGUCAAAGCUGAACCCCAAGUGUCGUGUA